AGCUUGAUGAAGGCAACGGCCAGAUGAUCUAAUAAUGCAUGAGGCUUUAAUGGUGGUCCAUUUGAAGUGGAAAGACGGCAUGUCCGGUCAUCAGGAAUGACGGCCAAGGAAUUAUGUGAGAAUGAUGACCUAACCACGAGCCUCAUCCUAGACUCUUACCUUGGGUUUCAAACCCAUAAGAUGAAUACAAGGUUUCGUCCAGUAAAAGGAAGACAAGAGGAGCUAAAGGAGGUAAUAGAGAAUUUUAAAAAACAUAAUGACCUGAAGAAAGCUUUUGAGGCUUUGACAUCUAGAAACCAUCUUCUACCCAAGACCAAGGCCCAGGAAAAACUUUUCAAGCAACAUGUAUUUGUUUACCUGCGCAUGUUUGCCAGUGAAAGUGGGUUUGAAAUAUUACCCUGCAAUCGUUACUCAUCAGAGCAAAAUGGAGCCAAAAUAGUUGCAACAAAAUUAUGGAAGAGGAAUGAUAAGAUUGAACACUUGGUUGGUUGUAUUGCUGAGCUCUCAGCAAGCGAGGAAAACUUGUUACUGCACCAUGGGGAGAACGAUUUUAGCGUCAUGUACUCCACUCGCAAAAACUGUGCUCAGCUAUGGCUCGGACCUGCUGCAUUUAUUAACCACGAUUGUCGGCCAAAUUGUAAGUUUGUGUCAACUGGUCGGGACACUGCUUGUGUCAAAGUUCUCAGAGAUAUAGAACCAGGAGAAGAAAUUUCCUGUUACUAUGGUGAUGGCUUCUUUGGAGAAAACAAUGAAUUCUGUGAAUGCUACACAUGUGAAAGACGUGGCACUGGUGCUUUUACAUCCAAAAUGGGACUUCCUGCGGCAGCCCCAGUUAUUAAUAGCAAAUAUGGUUUGAGGGAGACAGACAGGCGACUCAACCGGCUGAAGAAGCUGGAAGAAGCGAGUCAGAACUCCGAUGUUCAUUCUGUUGAUUCUCACACCGAUGCAGACGCUCAGGAAUCACCAAAAUUACAUUCAUCAUGUAGGAAAAGGACACUCACUCGUGGAAGGGCGAGUAAAACCAGGACUCACAGUGGACGUUCUCUCUCAAGAGCCUACACAACUACCUCAAGUUCCAAACAAAGUCCAACUAAUAACAGGGUACCAAAGAGACUAAAACCCUCCAAGUCUUCGCACACGAACGUACGGUUACGGAGCCAAAGCAGAGGGUCAGAAGCAAAGCCUUCUGUCAAAGUAGCUCCAAACCCUAAGGAGCCCAAUGCUGCAGUUUGCAGAGUUUCUGUUAAAAAGGAGACGGACUCACAUAGGACUUUUACCUCACUGGAAUCUACACGGCACAUUGCGAAGGAAAACAAUCAUCAUUUAUUAAGAAGUUCCACAGGUCUGGAGACUGAUCAGAAUUGCACUUACAGUAUUCGAAAGUCAACGAGGACUCUGCAUAAGAAACAAGAGGUUCCGAGCACUUUGAAAAAACAAAUCCCAGCCCUGGAUAAUAAAGUGAUUAAGACAGAAUCUGGUGAUUUGGAGGAAUAUCUUUCUCAUGGGUUGAGUCUGAAUGAAGCUGAUCUAGAAAACGAAUACAUCAGGAGAACCUCGAACUUGCAAAGUCAACGGUUUACUCAGCCUCGGCCGAACAGGGUGAUAAAAAGUGAGGACUCAUGCGGGGAACCUUUUGUGCCAGCAUUUUCCCCUGUUGUGCAAAGUGCUAACAUCAAGCACUGUAGAAACAUACUAAUGGGAUUUCCUGCACUCCCAAAUGGUAGAAGGUCCCGGAAGAAGAAGUCUAAGGAGAGCAGUCGGGGUUUGGGAAAGAGGAAAAAGAGGCAUCGAAUUCCGCACUACGAUUCAUCAAUCCUGGAGGAUACUACAGGCAUUCCGAAGCUGACCUUGAGAAGACGCAGGGACAGCAGCAGUAGCGAGCCCAGAGAGGCUCACAUGAACUCCUCCAAAGGUGGCAUUAAGUUUAGCAAGAACCGUGACAAGAAAGGCAGGUCGAACAAUCGCUUCAGUCCUGUUUCCAACACAGAUUCUGCCAAAGUGAAGAUCCAAGUGAAGCACGAGUGUCCGGUCUCUCAAACCUGUCUCGGUGGGGCCAUGCUCAAUGGGGUCAGCCCUCUUGAACUUUUAGAUAGUCAAGCACAAAAUGGCAGCAAACACGGGCAUGCGGACGAACAGUCUUCAUCAGAGGAGGGAGAGGACGAGGAGGAGGAGGAUUUCGUGGACGAUUUCAUCCCGCUUCCACCAGCGAAACGUCUCCGGCUCAUUCUCGGAAAAGAGUCCAUAGACAUCGAUAUCUCCUCCAGGAGGAGGGAAGAUCUGACACCAAGGCUCAGUGCAUAAGCUCACAGGGUCCUCGUCGGACCCAAAUGUACAUAGAUUUCAGGUAUCUGACAUUCACAAAAGUAAGUUUGUAUAUUGUUAAAGCACUUCUCAGUUUUGAGGUUGGAAUAGACAUUGCUGUAAAUGUAAAUUUAAAUGAUACAUCUGUAAUAUCAGUCUGAUCCUCAGACUGUUGUGAACCUGUAUGUUAUUUUAAACCGGGUGCUUUCCUAGAAUCUGUUUGGAAAACAAAUCCAUGUUGGGUCACGUAGCAUCAUGCUGUCAUGUUUUAUUAGUUUUUAUCCACAGCACAAAGAAUACCCAUGGAUUGUUUUAUUUUUCUUCUAAUCCUACAAAACCACACCAUCUAUUCCCAUGGCUAACCCGAGUGGACAUCAAGGUGCUAAUUUAUUCAAUUUGAAUUAUUUCAAUCAGCCAUAACAUUAAAACCACCUCCUUGUUUCUACACUCACUGUCAAUUUUAGGGCGGCACGGUGGCUCGGUGGGUAGCACUGUCGCCUCACAGCAAGAAGGUCCUGGGUUCGAUCCCCAGGUGGGGCGGUCCGGGUCCUUUCUGUGUGGAGUUUGCAUGUUCUCCCCGUGUCUGCGUGGGUUUCCUCCCACAGUCCAAAGACAUGCAAGUGAGGUGAAUUGGAGACACUAAAUUGUCCAUGACUGUGUCGAUAUAAUUUUGUGAACUGAUUAAACUUGUGUAACGAGUAACUACCGUUCGUGUCAUGAAUGUAACCAAAGU